UCUGUCAGAGCAGCAGCACCAUGGCUGAGCAGGAAGCGCCCGCACCUCUAAAAUCUCUCAACUCCGAUGAUCCAACAUACAUUUCUUUUAUUAACAAAUCCAACAGAACAGCAGAAGCAUGGUGGCUGAACUUCUCGGGAAAGCCGGUGUCUUACGGCGACAUAAAUCCAGGGAAAUCUCUUCAGAUGAACACUUAUCUGACUCAUCCAUGGAUGUUCAGAGCAUCUGAUGGAGCUAAACUGCUGGUUAGCUUCAGUGAAGUUUACUUUCCUGCUCCUGCGCAGUAUGAUGAUUACGGGCACCCGCAUUUCCAGGCGGUCUACGUCACUACUCCAAUGUAUUCAUUACAAGAAUGCUGCCUGCGGCUGAUCAGGAGUUUGGUGAGAAAACAAGACAUCUGCAAGCUGGAAAUACCUGAGGGUUUGAGACAGGACAUCAGGCGCGCGCCUGAUUUACUGAGAGACAUCCAGACAUUAUCCGCCGCGAGAGAUCUGUGAAGGCUACAAACAGAGCCAUUUCUCUC